AUGUCCCUAACACUGAAACGCAAGCCACGCGAUAAGCCUGCCGCAUACACUCGACCUGCAAAGAAGCAGAAUAUUACAAAUGACACUCCUCGUACAUCUGCUCAACCUCUCAAUAAAUGCUCAAAUUCACAUCAAAAUCUCACUCUUGCUGAUUGGCUGUCUGUCUAUACCUUCAUUGAUGCUCACCCUCAUGCCACCCAGGCUGACAUUGUCCGACACUUCAAAUCACUCCCAACUGGUGCACUCAACUUUGAUCAAUCAACACUGUCUCGCAAAUUAUGA